UCACAUAUCAUCACUACACUUCGUCUCUUGAAAAUAAAUUCCUUGGCUUUCUCGCACUUUCCCUCUCAUUUUCUCAUCAUCGAAACAGCAUUGUACAGCGAUUUUUAAAGAAUGUCCCUUUGUGCUUCCUUCAACGUAUUCGCUUCAUACUCACCCAAACCUAAAAGCUUCUUCAGAGAUUCCAAACUCGUUUCACAGAUUCAGGUAAAUUCGUCUGCUUUAACUUCAACUUUCCAAAUCCAUGAAUCCUCGACGAAUCUAAGAUUCAGGAGGAGGAGACUCAAACCAAUUUCAUCUCUAGACGCGGGAAUCUCAGAAAUCGCUACAUCGUCUUCCUUCAGGAACAAAAACCCCAGCGAUAUAAACGUUCUGGUGGUUGGUUCGACUGGGUACAUAGGUAGAUUCGUAGUGAAAGAGCUUAUCAAAAGAGGGUUCAAUGUGAUUGCUGUCGCGAGAGAGAAGAGUGGGAUCAGAGGGAAAAACGACAAGCAAGAGACGCUGAAUCAACUUCAAGGCGCGAAUGUGUGUUUCUCAGAUGUUACUCAAUUAGAUGCUCUUGAGAAAUCUGUUGAGGAUCUAGGUUUAGGCAUCGACGUUGUUGUUUCCUGUCUCGCUAGCCGUAAUGGAGGGAUCAAGGACUCGUGGAAGAUCGAUUACGAAGCCACAAAAAACAGUCUUUUCGCUGGUAAGAAAUUCGGUGCGAAGCAUUUCGUUUUGCUCUCUGCGAUCUGUGUGCAGAAGCCUCUCUUGGAGUUUCAGCGUGCGAAGCUCAAGUUCGAAGCAGAACUGAUGGAUUUAGCAGAGAGCCAAGACCCGAGCUUUACUUACAGUAUUGUGAGACCAACAGCUUUCUUCAAGAGCUUAGGUGGUCAAGUAGAGAUUGUGAAAGAUGGGAAACCGUAUGUGAUGUUCGGAGACGGUAAGCUAUGCGCUUGUAAACCGAUCAGCGAGCAGGAUUUAGCAGCGUUUAUAGCUGACUGCGUGUUGGAAGAGGACAAGAUCAAUCAGGUUUUGCCUAUUGGUGGACCAGGGAAGGCCUUAACGCCAAUGGAGCAAGGAGAGAUCUUGUUCAGGAUUCUUGGGAGAGAGCCUAAGUUCUUGAAAGUACCUAUAGAGAUCAUGGAUUUCGCGAUUGGAGUUCUUGAUUUUCUCGCAAAGAUCUUUCCUUCGGUUGGAGAAGCUGCUGAGUUUGGGAAGAUCGGGAGGUAUUACGCCGCGGAGAGUAUGUUGAUUCUUGAUCCAGAGACUGGAGAGUAUAGCGAAGAGAAGACACCGAGUUACGGGAAAGACACGCUUGAGGAUUUCUUUAAGAAAGUGAUCAGAGAAGGAAUGGCGGGUCAAGAGCUCGGCGAACAGUUUUUCUAGUGGUGAAAGUUUAUGCAAUAUUGAGCUUGGAUGUGUAUGUAACUGAUGAGAUUAUAAAUAUUAAAAUCUGUAUUCAUUGACUGCAACAACAAUAAGGAAACACAAGUUGCAGAGACAUUGGGUCUAAAAGUAA